AUGGGUAAAGUCGCAGCUAAGAAACAAAAGAUCACCGCUGAAAAGGCCCAGUCGACCAAGAAGGUUGAGGUUGAAGAACAAAGGACCGAAUCCGAGGCUGAGUUGGAAGACUUGGAAGCUUUGUCUGACGAUGACCUCGCGGAAGACGAUGAGUUGAACCUAGACGGUGUCAGCUCUGACGAAAGUUCUGCUGCCGAAGCCGACUCCGAAGAGGAAGAGUCUACCGACGACUUUGAAACCGAACUUCCACUGAUGAAGAAGAAGAAGAACAAGGACGACGGCUCUGCUCAGUUUGCCGACGCCCUCAGCGCCAUUGUGGGCUCGCGUUUGAAGGCAUACGACAGAAAGGACCCGAUUUUAGCGAGAUCUAAACUGACUAUCAAGAAGUUUGAGAACGAUAAGUUGGAUGCCAAGGCCAAGAGAUUGAUUUCUGCCGAAAAGAAGAUUACCUUGGAUAUCGACAGAGUCAAGACUUUGUUACCAGCCGCGGAUAACGAGAAAGCCGGUGAAAUCCUUGCUAAGGAAAGACGAUUGAAGAAGGUGGCGCAGAGAGGUGUUGUUAAGUUAUUCAACGCCGUCUUGAGCACCCAGGUCAAAACCCACACGGAACUUGGUACCCAGAAGAUCAUCGGACAGACCAAGAAGGAGGAGAUGAUGACUGAAAUCUCCAAGGAAAAGUUCUUGGACUUGGUUCAGGCUGCCGCAGACAAGACUAAGGAAUCCGAAGAAGCUUUUGACGCGUCGCUCGACCUUCUCAGAAGGCUCGACCCGCAAAACAUCCAGAGCAAUCUCAACAACAUCUGCCGCGUGGCGCCCGGCUUGGCGGAAGACUUGUUGUCGUCCAUUGACACACCGCUUUCUGCCCUGCGCGACCCGACUAACGGGAAGGCCUACUUAUGCUGCGACUACAACCGCGACGGUGACUCGUACAGAUCGCCGUGGUCCAACGAAUACCACCCCGCGGCCGACGCAGAUGCGCCUGCGCCUUCGCGCGAAUUGCGCGAGCUUGAGGUGUUUGCGAACGCAUCGUUCGACGUCUACCGUGACUUGUACUACGAAGGUGGGGUCUCAAGUGUCUAUUUGUGGGACCAAGGAGACGGCUUGGAGAGCGAUGGCUUUGCUGGCGUCGUGUUGUUGAAGAAGGACAGUGACGACAGUUCCAGUUCCUGGAACAGCAUACAUGUUGUGGAAGUUACCCCAGAGGGUGCCAGCGCUACCUACGCCAUCACAUCGACUAUUAUCUUGGACUUGCAUUCCGCCAAGACCAUUGAUCUCUCUGGGAACUUGGUCAGACAGACGGAAAAGACGCUCGCGACCGGCGACUUGUCCUCCCACAUCUCCAACAUUGGUACCCUUAUCGAAGAGAUUGAGACCAAGCUCAGAAACAUGUUACAGGAGGUGUACUUUGGUAAGACCAGGGAUAUCUUGGGCGACUUGAGAACGACAACACAAGCGUCGGCGCUUGCAUCCGAGAAGCAGCGCGUGUCCGAGAUGGUCAAGGGGCUCUCAGAGUUGUAGUAGCUCUGAAAUUAUUUGUUAAAGGACAUGCGUGUUUUAUAAACCAAUAUAUGAAUUAAAGAAUUAG